AUGACAUCAAAAAACAAUAUUGAGUUAGAUUUCGAAGGUGAAUUUGCUCCUAUUAAGCCAUUAUCUGAGGAAGAACUACAAAAUGACCGUUUAAUUAAACGCAUUAAACUUCAAAAGAAGCUUGAAAAGCUUGAAGAGCAUGAUCUAAGCUCAGAUAACAGAACAGAACUCAUUAGCGAUUACGCUGAUUCGAUGGCCAUUGAUAAGCCAGUUAAGAAGUAUCAAAAAAGGAGAAGCAUAAAUGAAAAUGCUGAUAGCCAAAGGAAUAAAUCAACACGUAUAAACAUAGAUUGGAUUAAUGCCCAAAAGAGAAGUACACGUACCCAUGAGCAUGCAAAAAUAAACAAAGAUGAUAAAAGCAGAUCUAUUGAUGAGGCGAUUGAUGAUCAUGAAAAUAAAAGUAGGGACUUGGAGAAUGAUGAUCGUAAUGUUUCCAAAAGCGCUCAGGGAGAACUGUCAAAACUGAAAAAUGAAAAACGCUUACGAGCUGAGAAAUUAAAAAAUUUCAAAUUAACUGAUUCAGGAUUUGACUCAUUAAUAAAACGAAGCAGACUUAAAGAGAAGUGGUCAAUGAAAGGCGAGAAUGAUACAUAUCAAGAAGAAAUAAAUACAGAACCAGAUGGCUUUGAUGCAUCUCAACAGUACAGAGAUUUUAGUGCCAAUGAAAAUGAUGUAAAAUUACUCAGGAAGAAGGUACUAUCACAACUUGUAAAUAAAACAACAAAUUUCCCCAAUCUACUUGAAUCUCCAAAUUUAAUUAGCAAAUAUAAAGAAGUUUAUAAAAUGUUUGAACAUACUGUCAGAGAUAACGAAGGACAUUCGCUGUUGAUAAUUGGACCAAGAUCUUCAGGAAAGACCGCAAUCAUUCAGCAUGCGUUAGACGAUUUGUCCUCUAAGUAUCCUGGUCAAUUUAUCACGGUAAGAUUAAAUGCAUACUUACAUAAUGAUGAUAUCGUUGCAUUGAGAGAAGUUGCUAGGCAAUUAGAUUAUAAUGCAAAAAAGCUACGCACAAAUGACGAUGUUAGCUCCGGAAAUUUUGAACAGAGAUCCAUAAGUGACACAUUUACUAAUAUUUUGUCGAUAUUAGAUAAAAGCUCGAAUACCUUUAAUCAAAAUAAUAAUAAUACCGCCAAUAAUAAUGAACAAGAAGCAGUUUCUAUAAUAUUUAUUAUCGAGGAAUUCGAAAAUUUUACAAGUGGCAGUAAACAAACCCUCUUGUAUAAUUUAUUUGAUUUGUCACAGAGUUCGUCUACUCCAAUAUGUGUUUUAGGGGUUUCUACUAAAAUAACUGCUAGAGAAUUGCUCGAAAAGAGAGUCAAAAGUAGAUUCAGUCAAAGGAUCAUUUCCAUCAAUAAAUCUAGCACGAUUGAUGAGUUUUGGUCUAAUUCAAAACUUGGGUUGAUAUUAAGUAACGAAUUUAUUGAAUCAUUGGAAGACAAAACUUAUGGGAUAUUAUGGAAUCAAUAUGUGGAUUCAAUGUAUUCAUGUAAGUCGUCAUAUUUGCGUAAAUUAAUUUAUCAAAACUAUUUUACAAUCAAAAAUUUCAAGGACUUCAAUAAUAAUUGCAUAUAUCCAGCUUCCAAAAUAUCUACGCUGCUGCCAUUCCUUCAUGAUGGAGAUUUCAAGAAAUAUUCCACUAACCAAUCUAUCAACAAUGUUCAAUCUAUCGUUAAGUCGUUAUCAGUUUUAGAGUUGUUAUUGAUUAUUGCUGCUUCAAGAUGGAUUGAAAAGUUUGACUUGCAAGUCGUAAACUUCAAUCUCGCUUACAAAGAGUACGAAGAAAUGAUUAAGAAUUUCAAUAUUAACUCAGCUACGGUAAAUUCAUCAUCCCUAAUUGAUAAUAAUAUCCUAUCCAACAUUACUAUUAAUCAAAAGAUAUGGUCGCCAAAGAUAUUGAAGAAUUGUUGGGAAUCUUUAUACAAGCUAGGAAUUUUAUUGGAUUAUGGUGCAGCUACUACUAAUGCCGAUGGUCAAGUCAUAUCGACGACAAGUUCGAAUAGAAAUAUUAUAAUAGAGGAUAACAAAAUGGUUCAGUUAGAUAUUACAUUGGACGAAUUGCAUCAUCUCAUUGAUGAUCUGAAUGUUUAUAGAUCCUUAACUAAAUUGUAA